ACGCUGGGUGUCGCUGUGGUUAGAGUGCAGCUGUAUUUCGCUUCAGCCUUAUCAUCUUUUAAUCGUCGUCAGCAGUGAGCUGACAGUUGCCUAGCGAUGAAAAACCAAAGCUCCUCUGUCUGCGCUGCUGAUUUCUUGCGCGUUGAAAAAUCUCGUCGCUGUCAACUUUUUUCACUCCAUUUAACUCAUCUGUGAUGUUUUUAUACGAGUAAUAAAUGCCACGGAUGCGAUGGAUUCUGUGUUUACUUUCGCGGUGGUAAAAUACACGUAAUGAAAAGCUGCGUGAAGAAUGAAUAAUUACACUUUCCUCAUGGUAGUUGGGAAAGGCAGCUAUGGAGAGGUAAACCUGGUGAAACACAGAUCGGACAGAAAGCAGUAUGUCAUAAAGAAGCUGAAUUUAACCACCUCCUCCAAGAGGGAGCGACAUGCUGCAGAGCAGGAGGCACAGCUCCUGUCUCAGUUGAGACAUCCCAACAUUGUGACGUACCGAGAGUCUUGGGAAGGAGAUGACCGCCAGCUGUACAUUGUGAUGGGUUUCUGUGAAGGUGGUGACCUCUAUCACAGACUGAAACAGCAGAAGGGUGAACUGCUGCCUGAGAGGCAGGUGGUGGAGUGGUUUGUCCAGAUAGCAAUGGCGCUCCAGUAUCUGCACGAGAGGAAUAUUCUCCAUCGAGACCUGAAAACUCAGAACAUCUUCCUGACAAAAACCAACAUCAUCAAAGUCGGAGACCUCGGCAUAGCCCGAGUGUUGGAGAACCAGAAUGAUAUGGCCAGCACGCUCAUAGGAACUCCAUACUACAUGAGUCCUGAGCUUUUCUCCAAUAAACCCUAUAACCACAAGUCAGAUGUAUGGGCCCUGGGCUGCUGUGUGUACGAAAUGUCCACGCUGAAACAUGCAUUCAAUGCCAAGGAUAUGAACUCACUGGUUUAUCGAAUCGUAGAAGGGAAACUGCCACAGAUGCCCAGUCGAUAUGACCCCCAACUGGGAGAGUUGAUCAAGAACAUGUUGUGUAAAAGGCCUGAGGACAGACCUGAUGUCAAAGUUAUCCUGCGGCAACCUUACAUCAAAAAACAGAUCGCCAUGUUUCUUGAAGCCACCAAAGAGAAAACUGCCAAGUCGAGAAAGAAAGCUGUAAAUCCCACUGUCGAUUCCAAAGCCAACAGUGAAUCAUCUGUGGUGUCUGUUCAGUCAAAACCUGAGAGAAUGACUCCAAGUCCGCAGAGAGAACCUCUUGCUAGGGGUAAAAGGAAAGAAGACAAACCACUGCAGCAGGUCAGAGUUGGGAACGGCGUUCCCAACAGCACUCCAGUCCAAAUAAUUCCACCAACAAAACCUCCUUCACCUGAAGCUCUGAAGGGAAGCUGCGUCUCACUGGCAACUGUCAGCAACAUCACUAUUGACAUCCCACCACGGGAGGAUGAGGAGUUGUUGAAAAAGAAGACCCCCUCAGUCCUGUCACAGCAGCAGGCCGCUAAUGAUCAUGUGACUCACAGUGUGCACAAAGAGGGCAAGAGAAGAGGGAAACCAGACCCUUCUCCGCCCCUGUCCCCUGGUAAACUUCCUGUGAGGCCAGUAUCAAGUGUUGGCAGUCGAGGAGGAGACGACAGACAGGCAGCCAAUGAACUGAUGGACAUUGAGCCGAAGCCCGGGGAAACAUUUUCUAUCUUCAGGGAGAAGCAGAUGUCUAUUGGAGAUGACACGAUGGACUUACUACAGGAGGCUGGCAUGCAGAACCCAAAACUAGAAGUGGAGAAAGGAGAUGUUUUUUCUAUGGCUGAGAAGAAAACUGCUCAGAAAUUUAAUACAGAAAACACUGGAGGGUGUGAGGAAAUUAAUUUGCACAAUAAAAAUGAAGUCAUUACUGUUUUUAAGGGCAAUUCUGCACAACUGAUGUUCACCUCAGACAAUCAAGACAAAUUAGAAUCUACUGAUAAACUGUUAGAGCCGCUCCCUUCGUCACAGAAACAUGACCUGGAGGAAAAUUCAAGUGUGACCAGCCCAAGUCCAACACCACCACAAUAUUCAUCAGAGCCUACUGUGUCAAGAACUUUUAAGUCCAAGGUAGCUGCUCCCAGACCUUUACCUCCUUGUCCUGCUGAGAGCAGUAUCACAGAGGGUCGAAGAAAGAACAGGAGGAGCACAAAGAGCAAGAAGACAGAUGUGGUUGAGGCCUCCUCAUCCCCGAGCUUCUGUAAGAAGGGACUGCUUCCACAGCCACAGGUCCGUCCUUUGUCUGCUAGAGAGAGGAGGAGGCUGAGACAGUCCAAUGACAUCAGUCAUCCAGGUAGCCAUAGAGUGUCUUAUGACGUGUCGUCCAACAAGCCUGAGUCCUGCAGGUCUACAGUCAGCAGAUCUGUUUCAGACAUAACUGAGACCAAUAGUAAGGAGAAGUUGGAAAAGUCAGAUGAUGACGAGUGCAGCUCCUCCACCAGCUCUACAGAGCGUUCAGAGGGCGACUGCAGGGAGAGAAAAAGUGAAUCCAGUGAGAUACAGGACUUAGUUCACAUGAUGACCCAGACUUUGAGAAUGGAUGUUGUGGAUGGCGUGAAUGAGUUGGACAAAAGCAGAUUCGGCUCGAGCGCACUGCCAGAGUUUAAACUGAACAGGAAGUACAGGGACACACUGAUGAUUCACGGAAAAGCCCGAGAAGAAGCCGAGAACUUCUCACUUGGUGAAAUACCAUUGGGCUCCUGCUCUGGUCCAGCAAAAAUAAGGAGAGCAAUAGAACAGCUGAGGACAGAUGUGGUGAAGGGGCUAGGCGUCAAGCUGCUGGACAAAGUGCUAGAAAUCAUGGAGGAGGAAGAUGAUACCAAAAAAGAGCUGUGCCUCCGUGACCAUAUGGGGGAUGAAAAGUACCAUGGUUAUGCUGUGAUGGUGAGGCAGCUAAAGUUUUUCGAGGAUAUGGCCUACAAGGUUUAGGGCAAAAAGACAAAAUGGCGUUUAUGUGAUGUGAGUAGGGACUACUGUGAGGAUUCAAUUGUAAAAUAAUCUGUAGGAUAGCUAGACUAGAACGAUGAGAAUAUUUAUGUGUAAAAUUGUGGCCAGUUUAGACACAUUGCCUUCAUGACCUAUGCAAAAUGUUGACAUUUCUUGGAAACUGUAUUUGUUGGAUAUUCAAUGAUUAUACAGUGGAGAAGUCAAUAUUGAUAUCAUCGUUUUAUCAUAGCAUUCUCACUCCUGUGCAUUGUAUUUAGUUUAACAUAAAACCUAUGUAAUGUAUUAACAUUUUUUAUAACACAUUUUCAUGUUUUCUGUUCAUUUAUAUUCUGCUGACACCUUUUUUUUUUUUUUUUUUUACAAAAUAAACUGGUUUUUAAGAAACAUGGAAUAAAAUGGUGAAUAUGUAUGUUUACAUACACUACCACACAAACAUCAUAGACCAGGAGUAACAUUUAAAUGUAAUAUACUGUAAUUUUAAGGGUUCUCACAAGAGUAUCACAUUUAUUACUUUACUUUGACUUUCAUUUGUAAAAGCUGUCUGUUUUUAUUUUUAAAACUUUUUCCACAGUACCGUUAUACCUCAUUAAAAUAAAUUGAGACUUUUUUCAUCUUUGCAUUAAUAAAGAUGAAAGAGACCAUUAACAAAACAAAGAUCAGAUACGUUUAUUUAGACACCAAGCAUUUAAUUUCUGGCUAGGUCUGGAAAAGUACAGCACCAAAGUGUCAGAAUUAUACCAAUAAUUAGGACCUAAAAUUGUGUUUGUUUCAAAUGCUUGUUUCAACUCAAAAUAUCUUUGUUUAAUAUCGUUAAGCCCUGGUUGACUGAAAAACACUGUACCAAAGUCUAUGAACUAAAUGCUAGGUAUAUUUUGCAGUAUUAUAAAAAAAAA